UUUAAGGGACAGCAAUUGAACUAGUUAUUAUUCUUUGCCCUUCACCAUCAACAAUGGCGCCGAUUGACCCUCACUCGUUCACUGACUCCACUCAACCAUCCACUUCUCGCAUUUCACUUUCUCUCUACUUCGACUUUUCGUCCUCCAUAAUCCAUGCCUCUGCUCUGAUUUCCCUCACAAACCCUCACUCCGGCCCUUUCUUUCUCGACACUCGUUCUCUCACAAUCGACUCCAUUAUCGACCCGCAAUCCAAAACUCCGAUUCCAUUUUCACUUGCCGACAACGACCCUAUCAAAGGUCGUCAACUCUCUGUUUCUCUUUCGAACCAUUCCUCAUUUCUGGUAAUAUACACUACCUCACCUUCUUCUUCGGCCUUGCAAUGGCUUAAUCCCCUCCAAACGUUUAAUAAAACACACCCUUUUGUGUAUACACAAUGCCAAGCCAUUCACGCACGCGCGGUGCUCCCAUGUCAGGACACUCCUGCUGUUCGGAUACGUUACUCCGCUCGCCUGAACAUCCCCGAUCAGUUAUCGGCGGUGAUGGCUGCCCGGCACGUGGAACGACGUCGUCCAGCUGACAACGAAGCUGAAGAACUGGGUUGCGGGAAUUCAUUGUGGUGUGCUGAAGGGAGAGUGGUGGAGGAGUUUGUCAUGGAGCAGCCAGUGCCGCCAUACCUUUUUGCAUUUGCUAUUGGGGAAAUUGGGAGCCGGGAUGUGGGGCCCAGGUCUAGGGUUUAUACCGAGGCGGCGCCGGAGCUUUUGGACGCCGCGGCGAGGGAGUUUGCAGGGACAGAAGAUAUGAUAAGGCAAGGAGAGAAGUUGUUCGCAGAGUAUGAAUGGGAGAGGUUCGAUUUGUUGGUAUUGCCACCGAGUUUUCCGUACGGAGGUAUGGAGAAUCCAAGGAUGGUGUUCUUGACACCAACUGUGAUCAAGGGGGAUGCCAGUGGAGCACAGGUGGUGGCUCAUGAACUUGCUCACAGUUGGACAGGGAAUUUGAUCACUAACAAGACCAAUGAGCAUUUUUGGUUGAAUGAGGGCUUCACAACGUAUGCAGAGAGGAGAAUUGUGGAGGUUGUGCAAGGGGAAAAAAGAGCUGCAUUGAACAUUGGAAUUGGUUGGAGGGGUUUAAACGACGAAGUUGAGAGGUUCAAAGAUAAUAUGGAGUUUACUAAGCUUAUAAAUUGCCAGGAAGGGAUCGAUCCAGAUGAUGUGUAUUCUCAGGUUCCAUAUGAAAAGGGUUUCCAGUUCUUAUUGCGUAUUGAACGCCAGGUUGGAAGGCCUACAUUUGAUCAGUUCCUGAAGAAAUAUAUUGCUACAUUCAAAUUCAAAUCAAUUGACACUGAAACGUUCAUCGACUUUCUCAAAGCUAACAUCCCUGGAAUAGAGAAGCAGAUAGACUUAAAAUUGUGGACUGAAGGUACUGGCAUCCCUCCAGAUGCUUAUGAACCUGAUUCCAGUGUCUAUAAAAUGAUUGUAUCCCUGGCAAAUGAGUUUGUAAACGGAAGGAUUCCAAGGGAGGAUGAAGUUGCUGAUUGGCAAGGUCAGGAAUGGGAGCUGUACUUGGAAAAUUUGCCAAAAUCCAUUGAAGCUUCUCAGCUUGUCGCCCUGGAUUCGCGCUACAGGAUAUCAGAAUCGAAGGAUUACGAGGUGAAGGUGGCAUUCCUUCAACGCGCUCUUGCAAUUGGGUGCAGAGAUUACUAUAAUGAAGUGGAGAAGACAUUGAAAGAAAUUGGAAGGAUGAAGUAUCUGCGUCCUCUUUACACUGCUCUGGUUCAAGGCAGUGGAAAGGAAGAGGAUAAAGUUUUUGCCAAACGGCUCUUCUCAGAGGCCCGUGAGUUGUAUCAUCCCAUUGCUCAGGGUGUUGUUGAGUCUAUAUUGGCCAAGCAUCUGUAGAAGCAACUUUCAAGAUUUUAUAAUCUCUUCUUCAUGAGCCAACACGUCAAAGUCUAUCUCUGAUCUGCUGAUUGAGACAUGUGUUCUCGUGUAUGUGUAAUGUGUUCGUAUUCUCGUUCUAGGUAACUGUUAAAACACUUGAAUCUACUUUCAUGGAAUAAAUCGUCUCAAUACUACAGAGAUGUUAGGUGGUUAGUGAUAAA